AUCCACACGAUCAUUUAAAUCAAACAUGUCUUCCUCAAAUUCCCAAGUCCAAACUGUCAUUACCUUAGAUCCUACUCCCGCGUAGUUGCAUCUUACACAACAUUCCACUCCUACUAGACUAGAUCGUAUCUUCAUUACUUUCAUUUAAUCGAAAUAAUAAUUUUCACACAAUGCUUCGCAGUGUAAGCAAUGCAGUUGUCACAAUCCUCAACGUCUUGGCGAUGUUCUUUUCUCUAGCAGUGAUUGGCUAUUCUCUUUGGUUAUAUACACAUGACAGUUCUUUAUGCCAAAGAGUUCUUCGAAAGCCUCUCAUGUUUAUCGGAUUGGCUCUUUUGGUGAUCUCGUUGAUGGGGAUUGUGGCUUCGUAUUGUCGCGUUCCGGUUGUUAUGUACUUGUAUUUGAUCUUCAUGUAUCUUGUGAUUCUGUUGUUGAUUGUGUUCACCGUGUUUGUGAUUGUGGUGACGAAUAGAGGUGUGGGGAGAGAGAUAUCGCGGAAAGGGUUCAGGGAGUUUAGGCUGGGGGAUUAUUCGAAUUGGUUGCAGAAUCAUGUUUUUGAUGGGAAGCAUUGGGGGUCUGUGAGGAGUUGUUUAGUGGAUGCUCAUGUUUGUUCAAUGCUUUCUGGCUCUCAUAAUAAUGCAGUGGAGUUUUAUGAACGUCGGAUAUUAGAACUUCAGUCUGGAUGCUGCAAGCCUCCGGUAUACUGUGGAUUUAAGUACCACAAUGCGACGUUCUGGACUGUGCCUAAAAACGGUCCUGCACACCAAGACAUUGAUUGCAAGAAAUGGAGCAAUAACCAGAAUGUGCUGUGCUUUAACUGCAAUUCAUGCAAGGCCGGAGUUUUGAACAACAUCAAGGGACAAUGGAGGGCAUUUGCCAUCAUCAAUUGCUGUUUCAUUCUUCUUGUCAUCCUUGUCUACUCGCUUGGCUGUUGUGCUUUGCAAAGCAACAAUGCAACUAGGUACAAGAGAUUAAGUGGCUAAGGCAACAGCCUUGGCAAAUCUGAAGUUAUCUAAUUAGAUUACUAUGCCAUUUUUAGUUUAAUUUUAUUGCUGUAACUUGUUGGUGGGGAUUUUAAUUUUAUUUAACUUCAACAUGUUUUUAGAACCAACUGCCCACCUC